AUGGCAGCCAUGACCACGGGCUCCAUCUGCCUCAGUUCGGGUUCGGCUUCAACAUUGACCUCCGGGGGCUCGCGACCCGAGUCAGGAUGCUGGCAGCAGCAGCAGCAGCAGCAGCAAGUGCACAACAAUCACGGUCAUCCUCACAAUCAGCUGUACGACGCCACGCCAAUGUCACCGCGGCGGAACGACCUCGCAGCGUCACCGGCGUCGCAGAUGAGCCGUCGCGGCUCCGCCGCUGGCGGCGGCAGGCCGCCGCCGUCGACGCCGCCGUUGGCGCUCAAGGUGCUGCUGCCCGGCUCCAGCGGCGACUUCAGCGACGCUGCCGAUGCCGUUGCCGAUGUGCUCGGUAGCAGCAGCUUGGGUUGUGGCGGCGGCGGCGGCGGCGGCAGCGCCGCUGUGAUGUCGAGCGCUCCUCCUCUCCAUCACCCCCACAUUAACCACCAGCCGCUGCCGUCCCUGGUGCCCGAUGGCGACGACGACUUCAAUCAGGACCCACAGCAGCUCUUGCUGCUAGCCCGCCCGCCGCCCAGUGCCUCCCGCAGCCGCAGCCGAGCUCCGGGCUCCCCUCACCCUCAGGGGCCCCUCAACCACCAAAACCACCACCACCAGCAUCAACAGAACCAACCAGAGCCGACCAGUUGGGGGCUGGGAUUGGAGGCGGUGAGGUCAACGGGGUCAAGGACGGGGACAGCCGGGGCUGGAAUGGGCUUACUUUCCUCCCGCUUGCCUAGCAGUGGUUGUGGUAGCACCAGCACCAGCAACGCACCCCCCGGGACCGAGCCACGGGGAAUGCAGCUGCCCAGCACUCCCAGCGGCAGCUGCAGGUCAGUCCCAGAUCGCAGCCUUCGAGUGGGUUCUUCUGAGGCAACCCAGCAGCAGCAGCCGCAGCGAUCGUCCUCGCUCUUGGGUAGCAGGGGCGCCGCGUUGGGGGUUGAAGCUGGCGGCGGUGCAGCAGCCACAGCCGCUGGUGUUGCUCCUGCAGUGCUGGCGGCAGCGGAACCGCGAGUCAGCUCGUCGUCGUACAAGUCCCAGAUGCGGCGGCUGCAAGGGGCGGUUUCGGCGCUGGGCGGUGGCGGUGUGGAGGAUGGCUGUCUGGGGGACGACAAUUUCGAUGGCGCGGGGAACGCGGAGGAUGACGGUGGCAAUGCAGGCGGUUGUUGCGGGGCCGGUGCACAGCGGCUCACGCAGCUGCGGGAGCAGUCAAGUGGCGGAAGCUCGUUGGACGAUGCGGCGCCGCCGCGGCGGGCUGGAACUACCGCCUGGGGACCCUUAGCGGAGAGCGCACCAGGCAGCCUGGGGCCCGGGGGGAGCUUCGCCGACGUCUUUGGCGGUCACGUUGCCUCCGGACCACUUUCCUCACCCUCCUCGCGCACUGCGAAACCCGCUACAGCAAGUAAUGGCACCGGGACUGGCACCAGCAUCGGCUACUCCCGGCGGUCGCCCGCAGCAAGCAGCUCCCCUGUGCAGCCUCCGCAGCCCUCGGUCCUCCGCUGGCCCUUGGGCUCUGCUGCGGCAGCCAUCUCCGCCUCCGGCACCGCGUCCCCAUAUCAGGAGGUUAGCGCGCCGCCCCUGCAGCCGCAUCCUCCCUCCACCACAAGUAUGACCAUCCACAGCACCGGCAGCAGUCGUAGCGUCGGCCUCGCAGUUGCCGUGGGUGCUCUUUUGCCGGCCAAUCCGUCAAUACGACCAUCGCCUGCAGCAGCAGAAGCCGCGACGACGGCCACGAAGGCGACUGCUCCGAAACCGCCGCCGCUGCAGCGUCUGCCUAGCCAGAGCAUUGGCUUUUCGCGGCGUCCUGAGGACUUGCCCGCGGCACCUAGUCCCUUCAACUCGCGUAGCCUGGCGAGGGGCUGCGGCGGGUGCAGCAGCAGCAGCAGCGGCGGCGGCGGCGGCGGCGGCGGUACCAACAGCACGCCGGCCAGCUGGUGCAGCCCACGCACGCCGCCGUCGCCGGCCGCAUCCGACGCUGCCGGUCGCUCAGGGUAUUCGCGGCGGCUGGAAGAUUUGCCGGCGGCCCCCUCUCCGGGUCAAUCUCGGAGCCUACGACCGGAUUCAUCGCGGGCCGUGUUUCGCAGCCACGCGAGCGGCCCGGCCAAGGGCUCCGUUACCUCGCCUGUACCGCCGGCGCCGGGGGCUUGGGGCCAGCCUAUCGGCGGUGGCGGCGGCGGCGGCGGCUUGGUAUUAAGUCUUGGCUCGCCGUCUCCAGUGGCGACAUCAUCGUCGCCGUUGUCGUGCGGCGCAGCGAGCAGCGGCCAGCCGCUGCCGCGGCAGCAUCAGCAUCAGCAGCGGGGCUUGCAGGCGGAUGGGAGUACCGAUGACGUCAUCGACUUGCCCGUAGUGCAAGGCGACAUCAAGUAG